AAGCUUGUCUUUACUCUAUAACCAAACAAUUAAACAUGUCUGACGCCGAAGAAGCUUAUAACGAUGGUCCAGAAAACUUCGAAGACUUCGACCAACCAGAUCAUUUUUCUGAGGAUGAAUUUAAUGAGCCAGCUGAGGAACAAAAUGGCGGUGAUGUUGAAAUGAAAACAGCUGAUGGUAAAACUAUUGUUAACGGUGGGUUUGGACCAGAAGAGUCACAACCAAGAGUCAAGACCGCCAAGGAGUUGGCCGUGCCGAAAUCAGAACGUACCACCACCCCAUACAUGACCAAAUAUGAAAGAGCUAGAAUAUUGGGGACCAGAGCAUUACAAAUAAGUCUUAAUGCGCCAGUUUUAGUUGAUAUUGAAGGUGAAACCGAUCCAUUACAAAUUUCUAUGAAAGAAUUGGCCCAAAGAAAGAUUCCUUUGGUUGUUAGAAGAUAUUUGCCUGACGGAUCUUACGAAGAUUGGGGGUGUGAUGAAUUAAUCAUUGAUCAUUAAAUUUAUUUCAAUUCAUUAUGCAUUAGCAAAAUAUAUAAAAGAUUACUUGUACAUUACUU